CUCUUGCAAUUGCUUUGUUACUUGCCUAUAAGUCUUCCGAUAUGGACAGUUCUGGAAAUAGCCAACAUUGGGCUGACAGCCCCUGUGAGCUGGUGCAUACGCCGCAGUUUCUGACCAAGAAAGAGGAUAUCUGGACAAAGGGCGCGACACACAUGGCACUACUUCACAACGCCAUUCUUCGAGGCUUUAACAGCAUCUAUCUUCAAGCACCUUAUGUCAAAGUCGAGGACUACGCGGCCUUUGUUGGAUACAGUCUCACCUGGUAUCGUUUUGUCAAGAGCCACCACGAUGACGAAGAGGCGGAGCUGUUCCCGAAAGUCGAUGACAUUCUGAAAGAGGAAGGUAUCUGGAACGAAACACAUCAAGAGCAUGGUAUACAUGACAUUUGCAGCACUGACCUGGCCGCGAAACUAACAUACUGUAGGNNUUCGUUCCUUGAGGGUCUUGCAAAUUUCCAUACCUACUUGAUCAAUCUUCCCUCGGCUUCUUCAUUUGACGGCACCAAGCUCGUUGCCAUCAUGGAUACAUUCCGGGAGCCUUUUACACAUCACUUCCACAACGAAAUAUCUACCAUUGCAUGGAUGAUGGUCAACAUGUUUGGCAGUUGGAACUGGGGUUGGUGGAAGUUUGCGAGCUGUGAUGCUCAAGGUAAUCCCAGACCGGUGUAUGCGCUCGAGAGUCAUAAACUA